AUGUAUGUUCGAUGGUUCCAAGGACCGGCGUUCCUGAAAUUGCCAAACAGCGAGUGGCCAAGCGAAAGUGUGGAGACCAUUCAGAAUGAUCCAGAAAGAAAGAAACCCAAGAUCCUGGGGAGUUUCAAUCCUGAUAUCCCGUGCAUAGAUCCAAAAAACUUUUCAAAUUGGCAACGAUUGGUCAGAAUUACAGCUUACUGCAAGCGUUUUGGUCAUAAUGCUCGAGUUAGCGCACAAGACAAGUUGGAGUUAAAGUCAGGUCCUCUCCAACCUAGCGAAAUAAAUGAUGCCAAAGAAUUUUGGAUUCUUAAAGUACAGAGCACGUUGAUUGAUUGGAAAGAUCGUUACAAGGAUCUUACGCCCUUUGUCGAAAACGAUAUCAUCCGUGUUGGUGGUAGACUAAAGAGAGCGUCCCUUCCCUAUGAUCAAGCACAUCCCAUAUUGCUACCCGGAAACCACCACAUAUCGAAAUUGAUAAUGGAAGAAUUUCACGAGAAAGUGUGCCAUGCUGGCUGCGAAAGAACCCUCUCUGAGAGUAGACAUGAAUAUUGGAUCAUGAGUGGACGGCGUAUAGUUAAGAAGAUAAUCAAGAAUUGCUUAGUGUGUCGUAAGUUUCGUCAACGACCUCACAUGGCUGAUCAUUUGAUGGCUGAUCUUCCGCAAGAGAGAGUGAAACCGUUUUCUCCACCAUUUACAGUAACUGGAGUGGACUUUUUCGGUCCGUUUAAUCUUAAAGUUUCACGAAAUAAGAGUGUCAAAGCCUGGGGUGCUAUAUUUACCUGUGCGACAGUUCGAGCCAUUCACCUAGAAAUCGUAGAGAGUACGUCAGCUGAAGCCUUUCUUCAUGCACUGCGACGUUUUGCUUCACAUCAUGGCUGGCCAAGCACGAUAAUCUCCGAUAACGGGACGUCAUUUGUUGGUGCUGAGAGAUUGUUGAGAGAAUUGGUUGUAAAGGAGAGAAAGAAACUUGAAGAUUUUGCAACACUCUACCAACUUCGUUGGAUAUUCACGACACCAAGGAGCCCUCAUCAAGGUGGAAUAUACGAGAGCCUGAUAAAGCAAGUUAAGAGUGCCAUUCGAAUCGUAGUUGGAAAUCAGAAUCUGUCUUGGAAUGAAAUGAGCACGGUUUUCGCUGAAGUUAAGUCUCUGAUAAAUGGAAGACCUUUAGGAUACCCUCCGAACGAUCCCAACGACUUACAACCCCUUACCCCUAACCAUUUCCUUAUCGAACAGUGUUCCUCACGGAUCGUUUGAGAGUGAGAGAUCUGAGAUUUUGAGUCGAAGAUUCUAGUUUAUCCAGAGCCUUGUACAGCAGUUCUGGCAAAGAUUUAUACGAGAAUAUCUACCGACGUUGCAAAAACGAGGAAAAUGGCGAUUGAAAGAACAACAGAUGAAAGUUGGAGAUUUGGUCCUGAUGGUGGAUUAUGAGACACCAAGAGGAAAAUGGAAGUUAGGUCGAGUUGAAGUUUACCCUGGGAAAGAUGGUGUGGUAAGAAAUGUGUUAGUGAAAACUCAGCAUGGUCAGUACAAAAGGUCUGUGCAAAAGUUAUGUGUUUUAAUAGAAGCUAGUUAGACGAACAUUCAUGAACUGUGGCCCCGGAGGGUUGGUGUAAAUAGCGAGCAACAUUUGACAUUUGACAUAGUUAAUAUUAAGUUCUGUUAUGGUUUAUAUAGACAUUUAAGUGAUGACAUUUUUUAGUGACAUUAUAGGCGUUAGUUGUAUCAGUAUUUUGUAAGAGAGACACACGAGAGUAAAGAGACGGUUUAAAGGACGGAUAGUUAGAGAGAUUAACGUAAAGUUGUAGUCAGAGUCAAGUCCUGCAGGGAUCUACCCUUCAGGUACAGAUGUUUAAUUGUUUUAUAUGUUAUAUUUGUAGUAUUGUGUUAUUAGUCAAUUUUACCAUGUUAUGUCGCGAAAAUAUGAUUGGAAUGCAUGUGUUUUAGCCUUUAUACUUAUACUAGGUAACUUUCAUUUUGUAUAGAAUAUAUUAUCUCAUUAAAUAUUAAAAGAAAUCCCUGUUCGACUCAGUAAACCAGUCAGUGCCAACCACUCUUCUUGCUGAAUUAAUGUAUGGUAAACCUUACCCCACCAUGUUUCCCAUAGAAUGUUACACCGACUGUAACUCACUUUAUGAAUCCUUGAAGUCAGUAAAGAGUGUGUCAGAAAAACGUCUUAGGUUAAAUAUUAGCAGCAUAAAAGAGUUAAUUGAAGCAAAACAGAUUACAUCUGUUAAUUGGUGCAGUACCAAUAGGCAACUUGCAGAUAGUCUAACGAUGAAAGGUGCCUCACCCAAAGUACUAAGAAACGCCUUACAAACUGGUAUAUUGUUUGCUUAA